GGUUUACAGAGUGCUCACUAUUUCUUUCUUUCGUUCUUCUCCUGCUGUGCAGAAGCUUGACGUUGAUCGUCGUUUGACCAGUUUUUGGCAUCGAGCUCUAGCCAGGUGCUAUCGUUUUUCUACUCUCCGGAAGAGUAACUCCAUCAAUUCGAUCCAGCCCACAAGCCAACCCAUUCAUUAGGGUGUCUGUUCCCUCGAUUCUCCAACCCUCCUCUACACAACUCCCUAUCUAGUUCCAUCAUCCAGGCAAAAACAAUCAUGUUGUCGAAGAAAUUGAUUGGAGCAUGGGCAUUCUUUGAUACAUGCCUCAUGGCCGCUGGUGUCCUCUCGCUCACCUUGUCCAUCGUAUGGCGUCAGCCCAACCUUUUGUUCAACUUGACUUUCAGUGGUGUGAACUUGACUGUUGGUAGCGUGCUUGGUAUAACUCUCCUCGCUACAUUUGUUCUGUCACUACUUGUUAUUAUGCAACGCGGCACCCUCGGCUUGAAAAUUCUCAACUGGGUACUUCUUGCAAACGGCAUCAUCAUUCUAGUCAUCGGCACAUAUAUUUGGGUCUUUACACUGCAUGAAAGGAAUAAUUAUCAUGCUGUAUUUGGGCAACAGAGCAACGAGACCAAGAUUUUGAUCCAGGAUACGCUCAAGUGCUGUGGCUACUUCAACGCUGCCGAUGAGGUUGCGUUUGGAGGCACUACCUGCCCCAAUCAGGCCGCUGCAACUGCCUUGAACAGUUUCUGUGUCACGCCCAUUACCAAGUUUACAGAUUUGACACUGAACAACGUUUUCAGCACUGUUGAUGGUUUCAUGGCAAUUGUGAUUGGUCUUUUCCUGGCAAAUAUGUGCGUUAUCAAGAAGAGGCGGGAGUUCGAGCGCUUUGAAAAGAUUGACUCGAAGCGUGGCGGGCACAGUUUUAUUUAAAGUGCAUUGCUACCGCUCUCCCAACUGUUAUCGAUUAAUCCGCCCUGUUCGUUCACACAAUCAAGGCUUACCCCGUGGUCCGUGGCUGCGGAUGGUGUUUUAGCCAUUCGAUACUUGUCUUUUUAAUUCGAGGACAUUGUUCCAUUGGUUUUAUAUUGGUUUCAUUUGUUUCAUUGUCUUGGAUACGAGCCAGACCUACCUAAAGAAGGAACUUCAAAUAGUUAUUGAGUUCUUGAAUGCGGACCUCCCUUUAAGCCUUUAGUUUGUACUGGACCAAUUAUUGUGAUUAUCGAGCUGUUCUGAUAAUGAAUGGGUGUUCAAUGGUUCGGAACAAGAUCUGGCCGUAUACAGUAUCACAGCGUUUGCUAAUC